GGAAGGGGAGAUAGCAGGUCUGAGUUCUAGAACCCAGGAAGCCCUCAGAGACGUCCAAGGGUCACAGCGCUGCGGAUGCCCCUAGGGCUGCCCAGGCUGGUGGGGCGAGUCCUCGUUCGGCAAGGCCAAAAGGAAACUGCUCCAGCGAAGAGGGGACAGUGAGCUCCUCCCGCAGGACAACGCCACACUUCGGCUCACCACAUCGCUUGAAUCUCAGGUCCAAGGCCACGGACUUUUAUCGACUGCUCUUUCAAACCCGGCACUGAGAGACCAGGGACUGAGAACGGUGGCGAGAAACGGUGGAAAAGGGGGGUGUUUUGUUUUACCUUCCAGAGAAAACAAGCACACAUUUUAAUCAAAACAACCCAGGGAAAAGCCAGCGAAGACCUCUUCGCCGGGCCCGUCUCCGGGCUUCUGAAUCACUUCCUCCUUUCUGAUGUGUCUCUGAGCUCGAGAUUACGAAGUUGCUGAGAAAGUCUUGCCUCUCAGGGCAGCUUCCUGCGAGCGGGCGAGCAAGAGAGCCGAGCGCACGGCACUGUCCGCGGGCGCCGACCCUGCCCGGCCGGGCCACUGCACGCGGCAACGGGAGGACCUGGAGGCGGAGGAGGGACAGGGACGGGUUCCCAGGACCCGGAGCGCGAGCACUGCCCAGCCCGCGUCUCCCGCUUACCCCAAGGUGCUGAUGAAGCCGUUGACCGAGCCCUCCGCGUACAGGGACACGAUGUCCCCUAUGUAGAGGAAGCUGGACAUUUUAUCAGUCAUGCUGCUUCAUGUUCCACAGUGGACGUCCCUCCUCUUCCCUGCGCCCUCGCCGCUCUCUCUCCAGGGAGCCGCCGAGGCACGAGCGGAUUGGAGCACGGGACGGCAGCGGCCAAGAGUCGCGGCGGAGGGCACGGCCCGAGCCACCAAGCGUCGCGGCUCAGCCGUGCGUGCGCGCCUGGGAAGCCAGGCAGGGGCCAAGCCGCAGCUGCGGACACCCCGCGAAGAGCGCAGCCCGGGCGCCCAGAGAAGCCGCAGCCGCCGCCGCCUCCCCGGCAGGUUUCCUGUUCCUUUCUGAAGUUUUCUCUCCAACACCUUUGCUCCUCCUCCUCCUUCCCUCUCCGCUCCCUACUCCGUGUCCACUCCCCGCUCUGCGACUCGCCGGGGCAGUCACGCCGCCGGGCGGGAGCUUGAAGUGGCAGAGCCCCCUCGGUCCCCUCGGGGGAAUUUUUGGACCAGGUGCGGGUGCCCAUUGGGCGAGGGGGAGGAGAGGAGCCCGGGAGAGGUGGGGGGGCGGCCAAUCAGGGAGCGGCGGCCGGGGGCGGAGCUGGGCCGGGGCGGGGCGACCCUCGGGAGGCCGGGCCACCCGGGAAACCGCUGCCGCCGCACCGGGCCGCUAGGGGACGCGACGCUGGGCGGCGCUGGAGGGGUGACGGGGUACCCGGACUGGGGAGCGGGCGCGUGCGGCCGCCCUGGAGAGGCCGGACCUGGGGCGCGACAGCCGCUGUCUGGGAAAGCGAAGGAGCUUAUGGGGGCAGGGAGGGUGAGAGUUGGCGGCCCGGCGAGCGCACUGUAGGACCCCGGCACAGUGGAGAGAGCCCCGGAGCCGCUGGAGACGAAAAGGUGGAGCCCGAGCCGGAGUGAACGCCUAGACGUGGAGGAAGCUGUUUUGUACCUGUUUUUUGCGCCUAUAGGCACAGUACCACAGUCUACAGUCCUGAUUAUAUAGUUUUGCUUAUCAACCCAGCUGGAGUACCGUGGCGCGGUCUUGGAUCACUGCAACCUCCACCUCCUGGGCUCAAGUAAUUCUCCUGCCUCAGCCUCCCGAGUAGCUGCGAUUACA